UGGUAACUACAAAUACUCAGUCAAUACACACGAGAGUGAGCAAAUCUAUAAUGUAGAUAUGCAGGCCAGAACUUGUGAUUGCAAGAGAUGGCAACUCACCGGCAUUCUGUGCCAUCAUGCUAUAGCUUGCUGCAAAAAGGAUAGAAUUAACCCUGAAAAUCUAGUCCAUGGCUGCUAUACUAUUGACACAUACAUAAAAGCUUACGCAUUCAAUUUGGCACUUCUGAGGGGAAGAGCGUUUUGGGAAAAGAUGAAUGGGCCCAGUGUUCAUCCACCUUUGUUCACAAAAGUCAUGGGUAGGCCUAAGAAAAAUAGAAAAAAGGCACCCGAAGAGAAACUAAAGCAUGGAGUGAAGAUAUUCACCAAGUCUGGAGUGACUAUGCACUGUAGUAUAUGUGGGAAAGCAAAUCAUAAUAAGAAGGGUCAUGCAAAAUGGGUACAAUCGCAGCCUCGAGAGAUUCAGCAAAAUAGUGCAAGAGAAAAUGAGGAAGAGGGCAUUCCUUACAUUCUUCAGCAUGUUUACCCACACACUCAGAAUCCUUCACUAGAUCCAACCAGAGAUGUGAAUAGCAUGGUGUACAACAUGGCGCAAGAGGACAUGAAUAAUGUGCCAAUUGCAAGAGUUCUUGGUCCUCUUCCAGAAAAUGCCUUCAUCGUCUCUGCUCGAGAUAGCAUUCCACAAGCAAGACAGAGAGUAACAACUUCUACAACUAGAGGCAAUCUGAUGGGAAGAGGAAGAGGGAGGAGUACUGCAAUCAGGGCACAAACAAGGUCUGCACCAACAGCUCAACAACAAAGCAACGCUAGAGGUAGAGGAAGAGGAAUUAACCUGAGCAAGAAGAAAAGGGAUGUUGUUGCUACUACCAGUGGUAAUGUACAAGAUGGACCUACUGUUGUCUCCAGAAUAACAAGUAAUACAAGAUCAACUACAACUACUAUUGAUACAGCUAACAGGAAUAGAGCCUACAACAUAGGCCCUGGGAGUGCUUUUUACCUUUUAUUUGGUGAUGAUCAGCAGCCAAGAGCAAGUGAGAUACCAGAUCUCAAUUCUCAAGCCAUCCCUGAUCUCAACUUGCAUGAUUUUGGUCUGAGCCAGAAUGCCACACAAGUUGGUAAAAAUGAUGUACUCUAGUUGCUGCUACUUCCUUUCCAAUUUUCUUAUGAUGUUGAGCAAAGUCUGGUUUCCUUAUUGAUGAUUUAUGAAUGUAUAUCAUACAUAUAUGAAUUAAUUGUGAUAGAUGAAUUUAUAUGGAGGCCUCAUG